AUGAAGAGCUUCAUCCUACUCUCUACUUGUAUCGCUGUGUCAUGGGCCCUUGAUGGUGAAAUUAAGAAUAACUUCACCAACCCACAAAUUGCAACACAAGGAUAUGAAUCGUCUUCUGAUGAUCAUGUAGAGAUCAAUUGUGCAAGCCCUCAAGUAAUGGCUAAUGCUUCAUUCCCGAAUUGGAUUAAGAUAUGGCGUGUUAAUGGUUCGGAAGAAUUUGAUGUCAGUUUCUUAACGUUCGUCAACAAAAAUGCUACGUUAAUGUUCAACCAAGUCACGGAAAGAAAUGCUGGAAUGUAUGAAUGUUGUUAUCAUGCUUACGCUUACGAAGAUUUUGAGUGCUCAUCUACAGAACUUAUUAUCGAUGACUCGCUACCCAUAGCAACAACUGAAGCUUCGCUAUUGGAAGAUGCAUGGAAUGUAAAUUUGACUAGUGAAGAUUAUCUGAAUUGUAUAACAGGAAACUCUUACUUUGUUCGACUAUUCAAAAUAAACAUAACUACUUUGGAAUGCGUACUGGAGGAGAACUCUACUAUUGCACUACAAACACUUAACUCCUUUCCAUCUCCUCUUAACAACGACGUUUCCAUUUUCAAGUAUGAUCCGCUGGUUCAUGAUGGAACUUACAUAUGUAACGCUACUUACGACUACGAAAACAACACCAUGAAUUUCUUUAGCACCUUCACAGUACGCGAAUCAGCUGAUACGAACAUACACUCCGAACACUUACCCCACAAUAUUGUGGAUCCAUAUUUGAAAUCGGUGGAUACCUCACAUUGGAGUAACUCACUCUGUAAAAUGUUAGAUUCGAGCCUGCACGAAUCCCGGACAACAAAUUUAACACUAGUAGAAAUGCAAAUCGAAGUUCAGGGUCCCUUGUUCAUGGAUACCAUGUUGAAUCUCAAACCAAGGCGUUCAUAA